GCGGACGCUGCCCUCGAACCAGGCGUUUGGCGUCGGAGUCACUUGGUCCUGGAGCGCCCCGUGUGUUGGCGACGCGGUGUGGCCCGGGGGAGCCUUCCGGGUCGGCUGUGGCGUGUCUGCGUGCGCGAACGGUGUGUAGCCCACAGAAGCCAGAAGGUAUCAGAUCCCCAGGAGCUGGAGAUAUAAGUGGUUGUGAGACUUCUGAUAUGGAUGCUGGGGCCUGAACUUGGGUCUUCUGGAAGAACUGCACUUGUUCUUAACUGCUGAGCCGUCUUAACAGCUCCUAAGGAGGGAUCUUGAGCAGGCUGACUGAUAGAAAGCUACUAUGAGUCUGUUAAACUGUGAACACAGCUGUGGGUCCAGCCAGUCCUCGAGUGACUGCUGUGCUGCCAUGGCCUCCUCCUGCAGCGCCGCCAUGAAAGACGACAGUGUGGGUGGGUCUGCCAGCACGGGGACCCUCUCCAGCUCCUUCCUGGAGGAGGUCCAGGGCUACGAUGUGGAGUUCGACCCCCCUCUGGAGAGCAAGUACGAGUGCCCCAUCUGCCUGAUGGCCUUACGAGAAGCCGUGCAAACACCAUGUGGCCACAGGUUCUGCAAAGCCUGCAUCAUCAAAUCCAUAAGGGAUGCAGGUCACAAGUGCCCAGUUGACAAUGAAAUACUGCUGGAAAAUCAACUGUUUCCUGACAAUUUCGCAAAGCGAGAGAUUCUGUCUCUGAUGGUAAAGUGCCCAAAUAAAGGCUGUUCGGAGAAGAUGGAACUGAGACAUCUCGAGGAUCAUCAAGCACAUUGUGAAUUUGCUCUUAUGAAUUGUCCCCAAUGUCAACGUCCUUUCCAAAAGUGCCAGUUUAAUAUACACAUUAUCGAGGAUUGUCCCAGGAGACUGGUUUCUUGUGUAAACUGUGCUGUGUCCAUGCCAUUUGAAGAGAAAGAGAUCCAUGAUCAAAGCUGUCCUUUGGCAAAUAUCAUCUGUGAAUACUGUGGUACAAUCCUCAUCAGAGAACAGAUGCCUAAUCAUUAUGAUCUAGACUGCCCGACGGCUCCAAUCCCUUGCACAUUCAGUGUUUUUGGCUGUCAUGAGAAGAUGCAGAGAAAUCACUUAGCGAGACACCUGCAAGAGAAUACCCAGUUGCACAUGAGACUGUUGGCCCAGGCUGUUCAUAAUGUAAACCUUACUUUGCGUUCAUGUGAUGCUUACGCUCCAUCCCGGGGAUGUUGUCCAGAGGACCCAAAUUAUGAAGAAACUAUCAAACAGUUGGAAAGUCGCCUAGUAAAGCAGGACCAUCAAAUCCGGGAACUGACUGCCAAAAUGGAAACUCAGAGCACAAAUGUAAGCGAGCUCAAGCGAACCAUUCGAACCCUUGAGGACAAAGUUGCUGAAAUGGAAGCACAGCAGUGUAAUGGGAUUUACAUUUGGAAGAUUAGCAACUUUGGGAUGCACUUGAAAUCCCAAGAAGAGGAGAAACCUGUCGUCAUUCACAGCCCUGGAUUCUACACAGGCAGACCUGGGUACAAGCUGUGCAUGCGCCUGCACCUUCAGUUACCAACGGCUCAGCGCUGUGCAAACUAUAUAUCCCUGUUUGUCCACACAAUGCAAGGAGAGUAUGACAGCCAUCUCCCCUGGCCCUUCCAGGGUACAAUUCGCCUUACAAUUCUUGAUCAGUCUGAAGCAGUAAUAAGGCAAAACCACGAAGAGGUCAUGGAUGCUAAGCCAGAGCUGCUUGCCUUCCAGCGUCCCACAAUCCCACGGAACCCCAAAGGUUUUGGCUACGUAACAUUUAUGCACCUGGAAGCUUUAAGACAGGGAACCUUCGUUAAGGAUGACACAUUAUUAGUACGCUGUGAAGUCUCCACCCGCUUUGAUAUGGGCGGCCUUCGGAAGGAGGGCUUCCAGCCACGAAGUACUGAUGCAGGCGUGUAGCAUCCAUUUGCUUGUGUUAAAAAACAACUACAAACCACACAGAAAACCAGUGCCUUCCUUGCCUGGUCCCAAUAAACAAUAUUCAAACAAGCAGUGGGAGAGGUAUGACACCAGGCAGCAAACGUCAUCAGUGAGGUCUUUCUACUUGUUACUGUUACAGAUAUCUGAGGUAGUUUUCAUGGGAAUCCACAUGUCCUCUGUGUCUUCAAAAACUUAGCAUUUGAAGGGCCUGUGGCACAUAUGUUUGUUAAUUAGUGUACCUCUUCAUUGUACUUCCAUGGGCUUUUUCCAUGUACUUCACUGUCAAAAAAAAAAAAAAAAAGGUCGGAGUUAGUGUCCUGAAGCUCAGUUGUUUAAUAAUCCUAGGUGCCUUAGAAACUUAGGCUUUUUUUAGGACACCUGUGGACUGUAUUAAACGUGAGAAUCACUACUGCCUUGUGCUGACGCCAGGGAGAAAGUUGCUGCUCUGGUGCCGAGUUCUCAUUUUAGUUGACGCCUGUGAAUUUCAGAAGCUUUGAAGCAUGAUCCCUGGAAAGCCCAAGUUCUCAUGUGCUCCCUUCCCCGUUGUUCAUUAAGGGUCCGGGACUGCUUUAACCCUUACCUGUUUAGUGUGAACACAUUGUCUCCUGAGCACCAAGUGUUUCUUUCCUGCUUUCGUAUUUGGAGGCUCCAGGCCGCAGCUUCUCCCGUUUGUAAUGCUGUGGUAACAUGGUCGCCAGCUGUCGAGUGUUAGUGCCGUGUAAACCAUCUGUCUGUUCAGUGCAGCACAGUUUCCAUGUCCGCAUGCAUGUCUUCUGUUGCUCGAAAACACAAAAUCACCAGCAUAAACAUUAAAAGUGAUCCAGCUCAUCGGCCAUUAGAUGGCAUCUUAUGGAUGACUACAGAACUCUUACAGCCAGGAACCUUGUCAGCCCUCUUGACUACCUUUUGAUUUAGCUUAGUUAAUUGAAAUCAAUUUGAUUUCCUCAAGGGGCUGGAGAGAGAGUUCAGUUGUUAAGAGCUGGCUGCUCUUCCAGAGGACUCUGGUUCAAUUCCCAGCACCCUCAUGGCAACUCACCACUGUCUAUAACUCCAGUUCCAAGGGAUCGGACAACCUUAUAUAGACAUGCAUGCAGACAAAACACGAAGGCACACAAAAUAUAAAUAAAAUUGAUUUCCUCAAAACAGAAUUUGUUAAAACUUGAGAAGCUGUAGGUACUUGAGAGAUGACUAAACCAAGGUUGGCCCUCAUAGUGGUUGUAUGGACACUCAGCCUGAGUGGGUGGUGUCCAGCUCAAUGCCGGUUCUGAGCCUAUUCUGUAGAAUGUACUGGUGUGGCCAGAUGUUCCUAACAUGGGGAGGCAAUUGUUAUGCUGUUAUAUAUUUGUUAAUGGCCUGUGCAUAUAAAAUACUGUGGAAUCUAGUUCUCAGGGAGUCCUACAACUAAUUAGAGCAUUUAUAAGGAACCUAAGGGGAUGUCUACUGCUGUUUACACAAGAUUGUUUAAGUUUUCUGGUAAUAAGAAAAGGCACUGCUAUCUCUGGCCACAUCAGAGCCUCGGGGCAGCGCUAGAUCUGCCCUGCUCUUCCAGAGGACGCUCAGAGACCCUGGUGGAGGAGAAGAGUCUGCUUUUCCGUUGUAGCCUGCCCCCUGCAAGUGUCACUUCGACCUCUCCAUUUCUCUCUUUGCUUCCAUUCUAUCCGUAAAGGUGAGGGAAAGACCGUGUCCCCACCUUCCCACAAGCUCCUCGUGGUCACCAGUUCCUGGUGGCCUGCGUCCUUGGCUGUGCCUUUAGCCCUAACCUCUUGCAGCACCUCCUGCCUAGGGAAACCUGCGUUGCCCCAUUCCUGCAGUUUGCCACUGAAUAAAUGUGGGGGUUCUUGAAAAAGCAAGCCGUAGUUACUUCUGUAUUUAUUUUGAAAAUGUACUCAACUAUUUGAGGGCCUAUUUUCUGUAUGUAUUUUUAUUUUUUUAAUAUUCCAUAGUCAGCAUUUUUAUCAGAAAGUUAAAUGUCACCACAAACUAUCAGCUGCUCUUCCCCUCUCCAUUUUAAAAAAGGAAGUGAUAUUUAAAAGCUUCCUGGUCAAAUUUCUAUUUAAAAAUGUCUGUAUUAGGUAGUAAGAACAGUCAUUUCCUGCCUUGGUUUGGCCUUUUUUUUUUUUUUUUAACUCCAGCAUCUGAAAUUUUUUGUUCAACUUUUCCCAGCAUGAUGAUGUUCCUGCCUGUAAAGCAAGUUGGACUGGAUGUUUCUAGUGGAUGUGUUGAGAAGCUCAAUGCCAAGCCACCAGACAGUGACAAUCCUGGCUUUACCAGUGGAAGAGUGCUGUGGCUGUCCCCACUGCUGACGCGAAUGCUCUGACGUCCAGCUGAAGUGCAUCUUAACGUAGUUUAAAAACUUCCCGCGUGUGGUGUUUGGAAUAAGCCAACCAGUUACUUUAUGAGACUCAGUCGCCAUGAGUGCAAAGUGAAAAUAAUCAAGCUGACAUUCAAAGACAACUCAGAAUCAGCUUCUAACCUAGAAAGCUGGCUUCUUUAUACACACUUCUUAGUUGUCUCUCAUUUCUCCAGCUGGUCUGUAAGCAUCUGACCUGUGUCUACAGUGUGGUGGCCAUGGUUUCUUAACAAUCUAGAGCAUUGCUGUUUUUAAAAUGUUUUCUUCCAAAAAUGUCCAACUUUUACUUGAGAGUUUUCUCCAAGUCAAAUAUUUUCCUAUUAGAAAUCAGGCCAGUUGGUGAUUAUAACUUGGUGAUUGGUUUCUGUCUGACUGUGACCGUUUCUGGCCGUUCAGCUUCCGUUCAGAGACUGAAGAAGAGGUGGAAAAGAUGAAGUAGAAAGCAAGAGUGCUUUUUUCACCCUAAUAAAAUCACCUGACAGGUGUUGGAUGAUUUCUCACAGUCACUUUUUAUGACCGGCAUAAAGUUGAACUUUACCAGUAUGGAGAAAAGUAAGACUAACUUGUGAAUUAUGUGUGCAAUUAGACUGUGUUCUCCUUACAGAGAAGUUGCUUGCUACUGCUUUAUCUAGAGUUUCCUUAAUCUCUUGUGUCCAGAAAAUGUUUUAAUUACUAGAGAGGUGGUUCUAACUUAAGACUUUGAAGUCGGUUUUUUUCCCCUGUUAUUAAUCCACUUCUUUUCUGACAUGCCUCAAAUUCUCUUCAUUGUCUUAACAUAAAAUGCCAUUACUUUUGUUUGUUUGUUUGUUUUGUGGGGUGUUUGGUGAUUACUUUCCCAGAUGCCCUAAGCGGGUGACUAGAACACAGUCAGUAGUCAUUUGAUUGUUGUUGAAAUACUCUCUAAAUGUCAGCAUUCUCAGGACAGCUCUCACUUGUUUCAUAGUUGGUGUGAUUGUCUGUGGAAUGGAUUGGUGCUUCCCAAUUCCCAGAAUCCAGAAAAAUGAACCAAAAUGUGAUCAACCUGAACAACUUAACACUCAGUUACAAGCCUUGAGGUCAUUUGAACGAAAUUAACCUAGGUAUUUCUCUGAAUGUCACCUGUGUCCUGUGUGCUCAACCCCCACCCAAAAAAUUCAGGUUAAUAAAAAAAAUGACACAGAAAAACAGUUCUAGUUGAAAACGUUGUGGAGUGUGGAGAGGUGCUCCUUAGCAGAACCAGUGUCUCCUUAGCAGAACCCAGCCCUACCUGACAGAGAAGGGAAAGGGUGGCCUGCUGGACACUUGUCACUUAGAAUGUAGCACAGUCUGUCUUCUGGAACCUCAGUUCUCUUCUGUGCAGGAACCAGGGAGGGCUGAAGUCCUGUUCUGGUCACUGCUCAUCCCCUGUUAACAUGCUGUACAUGGGCCUGCGCAGUCAGUGGUAACACUGAAAGCCAGGGUGGAAGGCCGCUGGUUCCUGGGUAGCCUGCUUGUCAUGUCAGUUAGUUGGGAAAGUGAAUGUACUGCCUUCUGCUUUCUACCCAGCACUUUAUCAUAGCAGUCCUCCAAGAUGGAGGACCGGGGAAAGCCUAGUGCACAUCUCACACCCAGCAGCGCCCGAACGUCCGUUGGGUUGGCUCUGUUAUGUGGAGUCACCUUUAAUGCCGCUCUGUGUUCUCUUUAAGACUGUUCAGUCCUGAAAUCAUUACACAGCUUGGAGUUGUCUCAGAUUUUCCUUGGAAACUUGUGAUAUUUUAUUAUGAUUCUUUAGAAUUCAUUAUUGUAAUUCUUUAUUGUAAAUUGUAGCCUUUGCUUUGUGCCAACUUAAAAUUUGUGUGAAUGUUAUGUUCAACUUUAAUCUUAUUUGUCUACAAGAGUAUUUUUCAUAAAUGAUUUAUUUGGAAGUUCCUGGUUAUGCAGCAUAUUCUAAUGUUAUUUUCUUACUUGAGUUAAUUCCAUGAGUAAGAGUAUAAUUUGGGGCACAUUUUGCUAAUAGAUAUGAUUUCAGGAUUAUGUUCCCUGGGAACUAAAGUGAUUUAGCACAGAUACUAUAUUUAGAGUCAGGAGAUAGAUUGUUGCAGGGUCUCUGUGACCUCUGUGGCUAGCAGAAUGAUGGUUCUUGGGAGGGAGGAAGACAGUUCAGUUCAGCACAAGUGUUAAAGUUGUUGUUAGUGCAGACUUCAUGCGUCUGACCCCAAGUGGUUUAUCUGGGGCAUAUGUAAGCACAGCACAGCUUGGUGAAAACUUUUCUGCUGGUAAUUAAUUCAGUCCUGUGUAUACAAUAAAACAUACGUAAAUCUCUUUGAGGAACAAAGUAACCAAAAUAAAUAUCUGAUUUAACCAUAUCAAAACUUUACAAAGUGCACAUGACACCUUCCAUAAUGGGUUCUGUAGACUGGCCAGAAAAACAAGCUUUUGAUAAGGGUCUGGAGGAGGGUCAGGUGUGGUCUGCCACACAGAUCGCACAAAGGUCACCAAACUGGAACACUUGUCUGUUCCCAGCCUCUGAUGGAUAACAACAGGUUAUGCAUUCCUUCUCUUGAAGGAAUAGCCCUGUGUGCUAACAUUCCACGUUCCCCUAGUGUUUAUCCAUGAGCACAAGGACCUCCAUGCCUCCUACAUAUUUGACUUCUGCUGACCACAUAUGUUCAGCUUUAUUUGUGACAGACUAUCUACCUGUAAAGUCGGAAUUAGAAUUUGAAAUUUAGAUAUUAUGGAGUGGGGAACAUUAAUGCCUAGGUCUAUUUUUGAAGGUAUUUUGUAGACUUAAGGAGGCCACUUAUAAUUUUAUAACUGAAAAACUAAAGAGAAAUCUGACUUUAAAAAUCAAAAUGCAAUGGUCAGAUGGUCCCAAGCCUACUGUGCUCAGAGUUCUGCUGUGGACUUGGUAAGGGUUCUUUCUAAUGCUUUGGACUCCGAGAAUAUGCGCUGUAUGAGGGGGGAGGGUAAAGAUGAGGUGUGGGUUGUAAUAUUAGGUUUCAAUUGAGCAGGUUUGUUUAGGAACAGAUGGAAAUCAUUGUCCAGAUUCAGUGCCCCACACCAGCCACAGUGCCAUGUGAUGCUAUGUAAGGCAAGCCCUUCGUGGCCCCUACCAACUGCCUAGCCUCACAUGGUCUCCCUCAAGCCAAUGUAGCUGAUUGCAGGAUUGAUGCAGAGCGAAGGUCUGAGGUUACCAUGCUAAGAAGGCUCACUGCACUCCAUCUAAUAGAUAAGUAUGACAUCUUUCCAAACCCAGAUCACAAAUGUCCACUCACACUCCUCUUGCAAGUCCGACUUUCAUUUGUGCCUUAGCUGUAAAGAUAUGACCAAAACAACAUGCCUUGAAUUUUUUUGAACAUAAGUGUAGAUUGACAUACCUCCUCCCCUUCUUUCCUUAUCAGCCUGUACAGUAUACUAUUGCAUAGUAUCUUUACAAAUGAGUAUCCAAAUAUUGCAAUGGUUUUAAUAAAAUAACAAGAUUGAUUUGC